AGUGUGUCAUCCGGUUGAGGAGUAGGGGUGCUGGGAGCGAGCCUUCGGCUGCAAAGACAGAGUUAUAUCAAUGCACAGAAGCGGGCGGCUCGGCUGGCUGCAAUCUGACGAAGCAGCGACUGAAUGAAACCAAAACCGACUCAACUUCACUGAGGCAGCUGCCAGUCCCUCGCCUGUGUUGUGCAUCACCCUUUCAGGCUGGGCCAUGAAUAAACAACCAAGCAAGGAGAGUCUCAAGGACAAGGUGAAGGGGAUCUUUGGGCUCGGUACACAGCGUCCUCCGAACAAACAGAGUGACACUAAACCCUCCGAGUUUAUCAUUACGGCUGACAUCAUCAAGGAGCUCCACCCAGAUUGCGGUCUGAGCAACCGUGUUCGUACUAUGAACCACAUCUGUGAGCUUGCCAAAAUGAAAAAGUUUGAGGAGCAUGCAGUGGAGGCUGUAUGGAAAAAUGUGGAAGACAUGCUGACUCCAGAGCAGCCACCAGAGGCCAGACAUGCUGUCCUGCAGCUGCUCAGGGCCAUUAUACAGGGGCAGGGUGAGCGACUCGGCCCUCUGAGAGCCUACUUUUUCAAGGUAAUCAGAGACUACCAGCCGUGCAAUGAAGACCUUUCUGACAGACUGGAGGUGUUUAAGGCUUUAACAGAGAAUGGAAAGGAUAUCACAUACCUGGAAGAGGACAUAGCACGCUUUGUCCUCCUGUGGAUGGAUAUAGGCCUUACAUCUGACUUUCUCCAUGUUCUUGUUAAUCUGGUGAAAUUCAAUAGCUGCUACUUGGACCAAAAUGUUUCCAUCAUGGUCCAGAAAAUUUGCCUGCUGUGCAACAGAACGACGUCUUCGACUGAUAUUGAGGUGGCUCUGCAAGUGCUCGAUGCAGUUGUGUGUUACAACUGCCUGCCCUCCGACUCUUUAACCGUUUUCAUAAUCACACUCUGCCGUACGGUCAACGUCAAAGAGUUUUGCGAGUCCUGUUGGAAGUUAAUGAGAAAGGUUUUGGGGACUCACCUCGGCCAUAGUGCAAUUUACACCAUGUGUCGCAUUAUGGAGGAAAGGGUGUAUAUGGAGGAUGCACCGUUGUUAAGAGGAGCAGUUUUCUUUGUUGGAAUGGCGCUUUGGGGCGCACACAGACUGCCUGCACUCAAAAAUACACCGACGCUUGUUCUGCCAUCUUUCUACAAGGCCAUGUCAUGUGCCAACGAGGUGGUCUCCUACGAAAUUGUUCUUUCAAUAACAAGACUCAUCAAAAAGUACGGUAAAGAGCUACAAGUGGUCACAUGGGACAUCCUACUCGGCAUCAUAGAGCGACUAUUGCAACAGAUUCAGACAAUAGGCAGUGCGGAACUAAAGGCCAUUGUUUAUGAACUGUUGACCACCGUGGAAGAGCUUUAUGAACAAAACGGUUACCACGGCUCCACUGAGAAGUUUUUCAGCCUGGUGGAGAAAUGUGCUGAUAAAAGACCAGAUGCAUCAGUGCUGACACUUAUCUCCUACAGGGCUCAGUCUAUCCAGCCUGCUAAAGAAGGCUGGAUUCAGAGCCUUCACCGGCUUAUGGAGAAAUUCUUCAGGAACGAGACUCGCAGUGUGAUAAGAAUCAAAGUGCUUCAUAUCCUGUCCUUCGUUCUCAGUACCAACCGGCAGCUCUAUGAGGAUGAGUUGAUUGAAAUGGUGGUGAUUCCCCAGCUCAGUGGGAUUGCUGAAGACAGGGACUUGGCAGUUAGAAAACAGGCUACUCAGCUAUUAGUAGACCUCGCUGAGGGCUGCAACACGCACCACUUCACCAGCCUGCUGGACAUCAUUGAACGGGUGUCUAGCCGCUCUCUGGUGUGUUCAGGGCCCCUAGAGGUUUCUGAGAGAGACCCCACAGCAGAGUCUCCUAUGGAGGACGUCAGGACUGCUAUUCUGGGCCUGCUUGAAAUCCUGCAGAGCAAACUUUACAGUCUGCCAGCCAGCCAUGCGAGUCGUGUUUAUGAGUUGCUUAUCAGCCACCUGCAGCUUCAUUACAAGAACAAGUACUGUUCAACUAUCGCCUCCACUAUUAGACUAAAGGUGUUUGACUUCUUUCUCAUGAUGCGUGCAGACUCUCUUCACCGUCUUGGGGUCCCAAACAAAGAUGGUGUCAUGAGAUUCAGCCCUUAUUGCUACUGUGAUAUAGGGGAACCAGAGAAACGUGUUGGUGAAAAGAAGCCAGCAGGUUCAACCUCUCCUCCUGCUGGCAGCCCUGCUCCUCCUGCUGCUCCUCCCAGUUCAGCAGCCUCAACACGCUCAGCCUACCUUCCCUAUUCGCCUGCCUUCAGUGUCCUCCUGCAGUGCCUCAAGAUGGAGACGGAUUGGAAGGUGCUGAAGCUGGUUCUUGACAAGCUGCCAUGGAUGCUGCAGUACAAAGUGUUGCUGCUCACAUCACCAUGCAACUUAGAUCAGCUGUGUUCUACACUCUGCUGCAUGGUGACAGAUCGUCUCAUCUCAGAGCGAUUGAAAAAGACUCCAGAGGGGUUUUCUCGCACAGAUGUUCAGCUGGCAGUGAUUCCCGUUCUUACAGCAAUUACCUCCUACCACAACUACUUGGAGCAGUCAAGACAGAGAGAACUGGUUCAGUGCCUCGAGACCGGGCUCAUUUACCGCUGUGCCAAGCAAUGUGUGGUGGCCCUUACAAUGUGCACGGUGGAGAUGCCUGAUAUCAUGAUCAAGCUUCUUCCUGCUCUUAUCGUCAAGCUCACUCACAUCUCUGCUACUGUUGCCAUGGCAUCUCCUAUGCUCGAGUUUCUCUCCACCCUCGUGCGCCUUCCCCAUCUGUAUGCCAACUUUGUAGCUGAGCAGUAUGUCAGCGUGUUUGCCAUCUCACUACCUUACACUAACCCCUCAAAGUUCAACCAGUACAUUGUAUCCCUGGCCCACCAUGUGAUUGCCAUGUGGUUCAUACGCUGCAGACUACCCUUCCGCAAGGACUUUGUUCAGUAUAUCACAAAGGGUUUGCGUUCCAACGCCCUUCUGCCAUUCGAUGACAGCCAUGAGCAGAGUCCGUUUCGUGCCCGAAGCACCAGCCUCAACGAGAGACCCAAGAGCUUGCGGGCAGCAAAAGUGGCAAAGGCAGCAGCAGCGGUAGCCAAUAGCAGCAGCUCUCCAGUUAAAGAGCUGAGGGACCUUUCAGCCAUGGACGCUUUCCGCUCCCGCAGCAUCAGCGUCUCCGAACAUGCGGUCCGCAGGAUGCACACCUCAACCACCACAUGCAGUCUGGGCUCUGCCGAUGAAAAUGCAGUAACUCAGGCCGACGAGGGGCUGAAAACUGUCCACCUAGAGCUCACAGAGACUUGUCUUGACAUGAUGGCCCGAUAUGUAUUUUCCAACUUCUCUGCACUUCCCAAGAGGUCUCCCAUCGCAGAGUUCCUGUUAGCAGGAGGCCGCAGUAUGACCUGGUUGGUGGGCAACAAGUUGGUCACCAUAACAACCAGCGGAGGGGUCAGAACACAAGCGCUGCUGGGCCUGGACAUGGCUGAUCGCCUGGGAGGAGGAGGAGGGGAAUUGACCAGGUCAGACCCAUCACUACACACCCGAAUGACCAAAGAGGCUCCAGCCAAAUUGGAGUCACAGUCAAGCCAGCAGCACAACAGAGCUGCACGCAUACGAGUUCGCUCCAUGUCAGGUGGUCAUGCUCUACGUGCCGGUCCAGCUCAGAGUCUCAGUCCUCUGGUGUCUCCCUCUGAGGGUGAGUUGACUGCUCCACUCUCUCCCUCCUCUGGUCCUGCUCUGGAUAGUUUAGGUCCAUCCUCUUCCACCUCUGCCACUCCAUCUGCGCCUCCUACUCUGAAAGACAACCCCACCUUGGCUGAAUUUGCCCCAAUGCUCACACAAGGCUGGGCAGAGAUCUUCAUACGCAGACCGUCAGGUAACACAAGCUGGCUAAUGUGUUUGGAGAACCCACCUAGCCCUUUCUCAUCUGAGCUUGGCAACAUGCCGCUGCAAGAGCUCUCCAGUGUUCUGAUGGCAAUGGAGGGAGUGAAGGAACCUCCCACUCAGACAGCCAGUGCUCCUGCUAGCACAGCUGUCCCUGCUCCAGCUCCUGUCUCUGAGCCCCUAACCCAAACACACAGCAGUGUUGGAGGAAAGGCAAACCUGAUUCAGCGCUCCAACACAGUGGGUGGCUCUCUCUGCUCUCUGGGUAUGGGCACUGCCCCCCCAGGCCCACCAGCCCCUGGCAGGUUGCACAGGAGCAUUUCCUGGGCAGACUCUGUCGUGGUGCUGGAGGAGGGAUCAGGAAUUGCUACAGCAAACACGCCGCCUGAAUGGCUGGGGAGUGCAGAGUUUGAGCCAAUGUUGUCUGAUCCAAUCUUCAUAGCUGCUGAUAAGUUUACAAAGACUCCUCCUGAAACACUCAGCAGGUCCUCCUCCACCUCAAGUCAGGAUGAUGAAAAGUCAACCCUGGAAGAAGUAAGUGAGGGAGCAAUUCCAAUCGAUCAGCCCCCUUUUGGACCAUCCACUCCAGGAAGCCAGGGGCCUGACCUUCCCUUCCAGACACACACUCAGUCCCAGGGUCAUGGACUCAACAAGUCCAGCUCCUCUCCUGAGCUCCAGACAUUACCUGAAGCUUUUGCCAAGGCUGCUAUGGAGUCAGAAAGUGCGAUGGUUGACACGUCACGGCCUAGAGCACCCUCAGACGGCAUGCCUCAACCCCAGCAGCCCCAGGUUGUGAAAGAAAAGGUAGAGGGAAACACUGGAGUGGACACUAAUGUAGCGGGAGGUCCAAGCCCAGCAGGUGAAGGCCAAGCUGUAUCGUCAUCUCAGAGUGGAGGAACGGGGAUGAGGUUGUCUUUUCCACCAGCACCAGUACAAUCUGCACCCAUCUCCCCCAGUGGAGGCCACCGGCCCAGAGGUCACACAAUCUCAGUCUCAGCCCCCUCCUCCAGGAGGGAGAGGCGGGCGGAGAGGGACUCUUAUCACAGUCGACCUGGUCCCAGCAACACUGAGAAAAUCUCUGGACUGAGCCCCAGCUUUGUGUUUCUGCAGCUCUACCACUCUCCUUUCUUUGGGAAUGAAGCCAACAAGCCACUUCUGCUGCCCAAAACUCAGGUGAUUGACCGUGCAGUAAAGGUUCUGGACCAAAUGCCCCCUUAUGACACCCAUAAAAUUGGGGUGGUGUUUGUAGGAGCUGGUCAGGUUAACAAUGAAGUCGCCAUCUUGUCGAACGAGUACGGUUCGAACCGCUACGCCUCUUUCCUCACAGGUCUUGGCAAAUUAAUCCAUCUGAAAGACUGCGAUCCAGACCAGAUUUUCCUUGGAGGGCUUGACCAGUAUGGAGAUGAUGGAGAGUUCACCUACUGCUGGCAUGACGACAUCAUGCAGGCUAUCUUUCACAUAGCCACACUGAUGCCAAACAGGGAGAGCGACAAGGGUUGCUGCAACAAAAAGCGACACAUUGGCAAUGAUUUUGUCAUGGUGGUGUACAAUGACUCUGGAGAGGAGUACAAACUGGGCACAAUUAAGGGUCAGUUUAAUUUUGUCGAAGUCAUUAUAAAACCACUGGAUUAUGAAUGUAACCUCGUUACCCUCCAGUGCCGCAAAGACCUCGAGGGAUUAGUAGACACAACGGUGGCAAAAAUUGUUUCAGAUCGAAACCUUCCCCUGUUAGUCAGGCAGAUGGCUCUGCAUGCAAAUAUGGCCUCUUUGGUGCACCAGUACAGAGCUAACCCCUCUGACGCAUACGCCUCUAAGUGGCUAGCAAGGUUACGACACAUCAAGAGGAUCAGGACCAGGGCUCAAGAAGCCAUCCAGUCUCGCUCAACUCCCGGGAUUUCACUGACCCAAGGGCAGAGCAAACCUUUGUCACAGAGCAGUGCUCCAACAAAUGUGGAAGCCACCGGACAACGAAAAAGACUGGUGUCCACUGUAGACGAUUUCACAGAUUUUGUUUAAUUUCUUGUCGAGAAAUUAAACAAAAGACGAGACAAAAGUAUAUGAAGUGAAUAAAACAAACUAAAAACUUAAAAA